CCCUGCUCCCAAGGCGAUUGUCAUAUGAUAGCAAAGAAGUGGCACAUUAAUGAAGCGCCUCUACAGGGGUCUUUUCUGCUCAUGUCACCACAUAAAACUAUCAGAUGGUUAGAGGAAGGACAUGGAGGCAACUAGUUAGCUCAUCGCCGCUGCAGAGAAGCAAACAAGCCUCUGCUACAGUGCAGCUGCCGGUGGUGUAAAAGAAGCUGAUUCAGCCCGCGGAGGCGAAGGGAGGGGUGUACAGGAGGAUUCCCAAAACCAAGCCAGCUCGCUGCCUCCUCAGGACUAAACCGGAGCAGCGUGGCCGCGGAAGGAGCGAGAGACACGCCGGAGGAGAGGGGUGGGAAAGAGUCCGGACUCCCAGCUGCGUCCCGGAUGCGGACUGUCAACUUCCAGCAACUUUAAGAUCUCCGCGGGUCGCCUAGCGAAGAUGCCUCGCCCGGGCAGAAACACUUACAGCGAUCAGAAGCCUCCCUACUCCUACAUCUCGCUGACCGCCAUGGCGAUCCAAAGCUCCCCGGAGAAGAUGCUGCCCCUGAGCGAGAUUUACAAGUUCAUCAUGGACCGCUUCCCCUACUACCGGGAGAACACACAGCGCUGGCAGAACUCCCUCCGCCACAACCUCUCCUUCAACGACUGCUUCAUCAAGAUCCCGCGCCGCCCCGACCAGCCGGGCAAGGGCAGCUUCUGGGCGCUGCACCCCAGCUGCGGGGACAUGUUCGAGAACGGCAGCUUCCUGCGCCGCCGCAAGCGCUUCAAGGUGGUCAAGUCGGACCACCUGGCCCCCAGCAAGCCGGCGGACGCGGCGCAGUACCUGCAGCAGCAAGCCAAGCUGCGGCUCAGCGCCCUUGCGGCCACCGGCACCCACCUGCCCCAGAUGUCCACGUACAAUCUCGGCGUGUCCCAGCCCUCCAGCUUCAAGCACCCCUUCGCCAUCGAGAACAUCAUCGCCAGAGAGUACAAGAUGCCCGGGGGCCUCGCCUUUUCCACGAUGCAGCCCAUGCCGGCCGCCUACCCCCUCCCCAAUCAAUUGACUACGGUGGGCAGCUCCAUUGGCACGGGCUGGCCCCACAUGUACGGCUCCGGCAUGAUCGACACCGCCACCCCCAUCUCCAUGGCCAGCAGCGAGUACGGCGCCUACGGCGUGCCCAUCAAACCGCUCUGCCAUGGGGGGCAGACUUUGCCGGCCAUCCCAGUCCCCAUCAAGCCUACCCCUGCCGCGGUGCCAGCCCUGCCCGCCCUGCCCGCGCCCAUCCCCACCAUCCUCUCGAACUCGCCGCCCUCCCUCAGCCCCACGUCCUCGCAGACGGCCACCAGCCAAAGCAGCCCGGCCACCCCCAGCGAGACUCUCACCAGCCCGGCGCCCGCCCUGCACUCCGUGGCCGUGCACUGACCCGGGCCGCCCGCACGGACGCUGCCUUCCCCUGUCUCCCAAAGUUUCCUCGGAGCUCUCCUCCCUCCCCUUCUCUCCCUCCUUUCGCUUCUUUCCCCUCUCCUCUCUACUCUUUUCCUCGAAAGCAGAGACAACUCCCCGCGGGAAGCUGAGGUCUGCCGUUCGCGUGAGCUCCCUUCAGCCGAGCCCCUUCAGCCGAGCCCUCCCUCGCGGCUCGGUUUCUCCCCCGGUUCUGAACUUUCUUUUCCGUUCUUCCGAGGCGAAAGGAACCGGCCCGGCCCGCCCCCUCCCGCCCGGUAGGAGCUGCCACUUGCAUUGCUAGUUUUCCAAAAGUACUUCAGGCAUCUUCGAUUCGUCGGCGACCAGGCAAGCCUGGCUCGGCGAUGCCUCUUUCCCUUCUUUUGUCUGGGGAAAAGCAGGGGUUUAUACAGGACCAAUCUCUAGUACCGCAAACAAGGAUGGCUGCAGCGUUUCUGCGUGAGAGCAGCGACGUUUCCAGCCUCCAAGCAGCAAAGGCUUGGAUCUUGGAAACGCCGGGAAGCGCUCGGUGUCCUUUGUGCGGGUGCGGGUCCCGGCCGGGCCCGCGGGCUGGGGCGGCCCCGGGCGAGGGAGCGGCGGGGAGCGGAGCGGGACCCGCCCUGGAACCGCCACGCCGAUCAUGUUUACAAAGCGCCUGUGUUCAUGUAAAUACUGAACUUGCAUCUGUACUGUAAAUCAGACGAGGUCCCUUUUGCAGUACCUGUUGUAACGUGGAUGUUUACUGUAGUUUUCAGGUGAAAGAGAAGGAGGAGUUGACUUGUCUGUUAACUUCUGGUUAACCCGAAGGUUUGGGGGAGCUGAGGUUUUCUUUGUUGUUGGUUUUUUUUUGGUUGUUGUUGUUAUUUUUUAAAUUUUGUAGCUAUUUACUUCAUAGCUUAAAACCAAACAACAACCAUAAUUAUAAUAAAAAUAAACCUGUUACCAAGCACACGACCCGACAUAGCUUAAAGAAAAGCUGUUGAAGUCACUGAUAAAAUGUGGAAAAGUAAUACAACAGCAGGUACAAACUCUGGAGGUCAUCCUGAUUUCUGCUGGAGCUUUGCAGACGAGAGGGGGCUAAGGAAACUGUAAAUGUUUGUGCAUAUGAAUGAUUAUAAAAUGUGUAAAAUGCACUUUUGUUUGAUAUACUCCUUUCUAGUUUUAGGUAGUUUGCUGGAAACUGAACUGUUGUUCUGUUGUGAACUGCUUAAGUUAAGAGAAAAAAAAAAAGAACACGCCCUCUAAACAGCAUUAGUGUCUAUUGAAACUGUAAGGACAUUUCUUUCAAACUUUUUUUUUCCUGUACAGAAUAAGC